AUGGCGGAGGAGGCGGAGAGGCGCCGCGGCGAGGCCGGCGGGGAACAACGGAAGAGGAAGAAGACGCUGGGGCGGCAGAAGAUCGAGAUCAAGCGCAUCGAGCGCGGCGCGGCGCGGCACGUGUGCUUCUCCAAGCGCCGCAGCGGCCUCUUCAAGAAGGCCGCCGAGCUCGCCGUGCUCUGCGGUGCGCACGUCGCCGUCGUCGUGUUCUCCGGCGCCGAGAAGCCCUACUCGCUCGGCCACCCCUCCGUGGAUGCCGUUGUCGACCGCUACCUCGACCCGGCCUCCGCCCCCGCGCCAGGCGGCCAGGUGGUGGACCAGGCGGUCCUGGAGGAGUUCGAGAGAGAGAAAGAGCGCCUGGACAAGGCCAUCGCGGCAGAGGCGCGCAGGCGGGAGGCGCUGGACGCGGCAGCGCGCGCGGCCGGCGUGCCGGACAGCGACGACGUGGGCCGCGCGGGGAUGCCGGACCUCCUCGCCACUCUCGCCGCGCUCGGGCGGGUCCAGGCCGAGGCGACGCAGCGCAUGCAUGAGGCCAUCGUCGAGGAGGCAAUGAUGCAGCACUGCGCGGCGGCGGUGUCCGGUGACGCCAGCGGCGCCUUCUACUGCGCCGCCGGCGCAGGCGCGUUCGCGGCUGAUGGCGGUGCCAGCAGCCGUCAGGGGGUCAUGGACGCGCAGAUGCUGAUGGGCGGCGACGCCAACCAUGCAUCGAUGCCUUUUGCUCCGAUGACGAUGCCUCCUUAUCUUCCGCCGCCGCCUUUCAACUACGUCUCUCACCACAACCAACUCGCCGGCUAUGGCUACGACAUUGGAGACGGCUGCCAUGACGCCGCCGCCGCCGCCGCGUAUGGAAAGGAAGGGUAUCACGGGACAACGACGGCUUGCAACUUCUUUUGGUAG